CCUUGGUUGCAUUUUCGGAGCAAAAUGGGUUGAUGUAUUCCUUCCAGGUAACUUCCUGCCGGCUCAGCCUUCAGAGAUUCGUCGGUUAUUCUUUCUCCACCGCGGUUUUCAGCCUCUAAAACCCUAGAGCUGAAUUUGUAAUUGGCUUAGCUAGAUCUUUGUUUCUUCUUCAACAAAAGAAGAAUUUGAUGGGAAAUCUGGACAGUCUCCCAGUAGAGAUUAUUCUGAAAAUUCUCAAGGGUUUCGACAUUGAUUCAGUUAUUCAAUACAGAUUAGUUUCAAGAACCUCUGAACCUGGAAUUAUCCUGUUUAUCAUCGUUUUCUCGAUUAUCUCAGAGAAACACAACUGGAGUCGGAGCAGAAGCUGAAAGAAAUUAAAUCUCAUUUACGCAAAUCAAUUUACUUCAAAAAACCUAAGAAUCCGGAAAGCUCCUACAUCUUAAAAAGAUAACAGAUGCAGAUCUAAGACGUUAUUUGAAUCUGCUAAACAGGAAGGAGACAGUUGGUAGUAAAGUUGGAAUGUUGAAACGGUUACGCCAAAGGAGGCAAUACGUACUCCAGGAGCUACGGGAACGCUUGCGAUUUCCUUAUUAACAUUAGUGUGCUAUCUUUUAGGUUAGGCCUGGCAUAAAUUAUGUUGCUUCAGACACUAAUUGCAAACAAAGGGGGGAUAGAGGGCACAUACCAUCUGGUAAGUGGUAACUAAGAACCUUAACUCACAAAAGGAGGACUCCAGUCAGGUGCGGGAAAAUGCUACACAGUUUCGGAUCUUAUGUCAUGUGACAACAAGUUCACCUGCAUAGCAAAAGAAAUUGAGAGCCCUUGGCUUGCUGUGCUAGUCAAGUCAGUGGGGUGUUGGUCAGGAUCUAAAGGUAACUGGGGGGGAUGAAUUCUCCACUCCUUCAGAUCCGCCAUUAUCAUCAUCCAACUCAAGAAUGAUUACAUGAUAAAAAUCAUCCCACCAGUUUCACUUUUCCUUUCUAAACAUUUUAUUUUCACAUAAAUGUAUGACAAUUUGGUGGUUUCAUAAUUAGGAAUAACUUUGGUUGAAGUGAAUAAGUUAGGGAGUUUUGUGUGCAAGUGUUAGAUAAUGCGUGUUAUAAAUGUGUUAUAUUUAGAGCAUAAUGUUACACCAAUACUGGUUAAAUAAUUCAACUUCCAGGUCAAGAUUCAAUUUUGCGCAAUUGUCAAUCCAUUUUCAGUAACAAGCCAACCUAAACCUAUGGGAAGGUUGCCACCAAUUAAUGAAUCCUCCCACUUUUAUUAUGUAAGGACACUUAACACGAGUAUCCAAAUUUGCUAAUGCUGAAUCAUACUUAAGUUGCAGGGAUUCCAGUUGUUUGUCGGCCACUGUUCACAAAUGGAUCAUCUGUUCAAGCUAUGGCAGGAGUGCUUGAAGACCACUUGAGCCAAAUCUUCAGAUGCAAAUAUUUUGCUAGAAGGAACACUUACAAGAUUGCACCAUCUGAUAUUCAACGAAUCUGGAUACAGUCAAUUUGAAUUUCGAACUAUACCUCUUUGUACAUUUACAUUUUAGAACUCUAUGACCAUUAAGAUCAUAUUACUCUUUAGAGCAAAUACAUGAACAAACUCAAUGUCUUCCUUUCGGAAGUAUGGAGCAAUUCUCUGAUCCUGUUAAUCUGAUUUUUCAGUUGCCAAGGGAAGUCGGGGCUAUUUUUCUUCAGAAUGUUUAUUACUCCCAGAGCAUCACUUGCCACAAUGAUAUUAGUGAACCCCUCCAUCUUCUACAGCUAGCUCCAAAGCAAUGAGUGCUCAGCAGGCUUCAGCUUCUAAAGGAAUUCCGAAAGUGAAAGCUUCAGUUUUACAGCCUCUGAAAGGCCUAUUGUUAUCUCUAGCAACAGCUGAACAUGCGAAGCCAUUUGGUCCCCCAGCAUACUCUAGCAUCUUUUAUAACAUAAACUUGCACCAUUGGUGCGGUCCGCUAUUUCUCUAGCAUGUAUUUGAAAAUGAACCUGUUUGUUGUUUACUAGCGUAAUUUAUUUUUUCAAACGGCGUCCAGCAUGGCCAGUUGUUGCCAAGGGAAGUCAGGGCCAGUAGUUCUGCCUGCUUAGACAAACAACUAUCCUCAUUGCCCCUAUGAGCCUUUGUAGUUCCCUGUUACAAAGUAAACACCCCAGACCUGCCUUCAGUUGGGAACUAUGACCUACGGAAGGACCUCACGGUUUUUGGGUUGCUCUGUACCACUUGACUUCAAUUUUGUCCUUGUCAUCUAGGUGAAUAAUAAGUGGUGUGCAACUGCAAAGUGAAAACACCCACCAAAACUCCAAAAGCAGCAUCUUUCCUAAUUCCUAACAUUCUUCUCAAAAAUUCUCAAAGAAAAUUCAAAAAAAGCAAAUAAAAAUGGAAGUCUUAGCUAGCAAUGCGUCAUUGGAUGGAAUAGCCCAUUUGAGGAAGUAAACGGUCAAUUUUAAUUACCCAUCGGCUUUCCACUUUCCACCAAGGGUAUUUACUUCUUACUUUUUACUCUCUCUCUUUCUUUAAAACCCUUUUUUUUUAUAAAGAAAAAUAGCUUUCAGAGCUCGCAGAGUUUCUUGUUAAUGGAGAUUUAAUAAAUCAAAGAAGAAAGAUGGAUUGGAAGACGAAGAUUGUGUUACCACCAAACUAUGUAAGUCUGAGGCAUUUAAAAGAGUUGAGAGAGAAGGAGAAAGCUGAGUUAGAACUCAAAAUCAGAGAGGAGGCUGAAGCUGAAUACAGGUUUAGGCUUGAAGAAGAGGAGAGACUGAGGAAAUUGAAAGAAGAUGAAGAGGAGAGAUUGAAGAAAUUGAAAGAUGAUGAAGAGAAGAGGCAGAAGGAGGAAGAGGAAAAGAUGAAGAGAGAAAGGGAAGAAGAAGAUAGAUUGAGAAGAGAGAUUAUUAGAAGAGAUCAGAUUCUCAGAACUAGAACACUUCUCUGUGGUGAACCUUCUAGAACAAGAAGAAAUGGUUUCAAGAAAUAUGCUGCUGCUGAUGAUGAUGAUGAUGAUGGUGUUAAUCAAGUGAUUGGUGAUAGACAAGAAGAAGAGAUCAAAAAAGAGAUUGUUGCUGAAGUAGCAGAAAUCAAGGAUGAACAUCUGGAAAAGGAGGGGAAGAAAAAAAAUAGGAGAUGGGGAAAGGGAAAGAAGAAAUAUCCUGAUGAUGAUGAUGAUCAAGUGAUUGGUGAUAAACAAGAACAAGAGAUUGUUGCUGAAUCCAAAGAGGAUGAAAAUCUGGAAGAGGGGAAGAAAAAGAAAAAGAAGUGGGGAAAGAAGAAGAAGAAGAAGGAUUAUGAGAAAGAAACCCUAGAAUUGGAAUCUCAAACCCUAGAAUCAGAGACCAAAUCAAUUGAAAUUGAAAAAGAAAAUACAAAGCCCAGUGGAUCCAGGACUAGAAGGCAAAGAAAUUUUGAGGCUAAAGGGAUUGCUGAUAAGAAGAUUGAGAUGAAUCAAAAAGUGGUGGAGGGGGAAAUUGAGAGAAAAAUUGGGGAUCUUAAUGUUAAUAGUGUUGAUGAAGAAAAAUUAAUUCCUCCUGAUACAAAACCCAGUGGAUUCAAGACUAGAAGGCAAAGAAAAUUAGAGGUUGGUGAUAAGAAGUUUGAGAUGAAUCAAAAAGUGGAGGAGGAAAUUGAGAAACGAAUUGGGGAUGUGAAUGUUAAUAAUAGGAAGAUGAAAUCAAAGGCUGAGAAACAAACUGGAGUGAAAGAUGGUGACAAAUUUAGGAUUCAGAAUAUCCAGAAGCAUGGAAGAUACGUUAAUAAUCCUAGAAAUGCUUCUUGUUCUUCUUAUGUUUGGUUGCCAAAAGAGAUGUAGAUGAUGAAUAAUUAGUAUUACCCCAAGGAAGAAGAUGUAAUUGGUGUUUAUUUGUUGAAAUUUUAGCCCUAAAAAUGAAUUACUUGUAAAGGAUGAUGAUGGAACAAUCUGAUUAGACAGACAUUUUGGCUAGUAGUACUAGUAUCUUUAACUUCGAUUUGGAUAUGUAAUUAGAAAUGAUUAAGGAAUCAAUUGUGUCAUUUUUCUUUUA